GAGAGAGAGAGAGACAGAGACACAGACAUUUCGCGAAAAAAGAAGAAGAAAAAAAAUACAGAGAGGUUUGUGGGUUUUUGAGUUUGGGUUAAUUCAAUUACAAUUAACAAAGAAAAAGAUUGUGGUUUGUGGUGGUGGUGGUAAUUUUAGCUCAAAGUCUCCAACAACCUAUACUCACAUUUAUGGCAGUGCUUUCAUAUACUGGUUGAGAAGGUCCACGGGAAGGAGAAAAAGCAAAACCAAUAACAAAAUUCAACAGCCUGGGCUUGCCUAGCCAUUAAUUGCUUUCUCUUUCAUUGCUCCCUUAUAAAGACUCCCUCAUUCUUCACUUGCUUCCACAUGUUCCAAGAACUAUUUCUUGGGUCGUCUCUUUCUUUCUCUAUAAGCCCAGAUUUCUCAUUUUGAUUAUAAAAUCUCAUCUGGGUUUUGUUCCUAUAGUCCGUUUUCAUCUGGGUUUUGUUCAGAUUUGACAUUUGCAGCCGUUUCUUUAUAGGCGCUGUUUUUGUGUUUUUGUAGCUCCGGUGGUUCACAGUGCAAUAAAAUCAACGGUAUUUGCUGAGUAGGGUGCUCCGAUCAGAUGGAAAUAGCAACGGCAUUGAUGGUCUUAUUUGCCGUCGCGGCGUACUUAUCGUGGUUCAGAGUAAUCUCGCGGUCCCUGAACGGACCGCGUGUCUGGCCCCUAUUGGGUAGUCUGCCCGGGCUCAUCGAACACAACAAUCGCUUGCAUGACUGGAUCACGGACAACCUUCGCGCGUGCGGAGGCACGUACCAGACUUGCACGUGUGCCCUCCCAUUCCUGUCGAAGAAGCAGGGGCUCGUGACUGUCACGUGCGACCCUAAGAAUGUGGAGCGCAUUUUGAAGGCCCGGUUCGAUAAUUACCCCAAGGGGCCUAAUUGGCAGGCUGUGUUCCAUGAUUUGCUUGGUAAUGGUAUCUUCAAUUCUGAUGGAGACACGUGGCUGUUCCAGCGAAAGACCGCCGCACUGGAAUUCACCACCCGGACACUGCGCCAAGCCAUGGCUCGGUGGGUGAGCAGGGCCAUCAAGCUUAGGUUUUGCCCUAUUCUCGAGAUGGCUCAGCUGGAAGCCAAGCCUGUUGAUCUUCAAGACCUCCUGCUUCGGCUCACUUUCGAUAACAUUUGCGGCUUGGCUUUCGGCAAGGACCCGCAAACCCUCUCUCCGGGGCUGCCGGAGAACGGCUUUGCCUUGGCUUUCGACCGUGCCACCGAAGCCACGCUCCAACGCUUUAUUUUGCCUGAGGUGGUGUGGAAGCUGAGGAAAUGGCUCCGGCUCGGAAUGGAAGUUAGCAUGAGCCACAGCCUACAACACAUCGACCGAUACCUAACCAACAUAAUUGCUACACGUAAGCAUGAGCUAGUGUUGAGUCAAGAGCUAGGUGCUGGUGGGACCCCACAUGACGACCUGCUGUCGAGGUUCAUGAAGAAAAAGGGGUCCUACUCUGACGAGUUCCUUCAACACGUGGUGCUCAACUUCAUCCUAGCUGGACGGGACACGUCAUCUGUCGCGCUGAGUUGGUUCUUUUGGUUGGUGAUUCAGAACCCUAGAGUGGAGGAGAAAAUCCUCAUCGAAAUCUGCACUGUCCUGACAAAGACACGUGGCAGCGACACAUCCAAGUGGGUGGAGGACCCACUAGAGUUCGAGGAAGUUGACCAAUUGAUAUACCUUAAGGCGGCAUUGUCUGAAACCCUAAGGCUUUACCCAUCGGUGCCUCAGGACUCAAAGCACGUUGUUGCCGAUGACAUUUUGCCUAGCGGGACUUUUGUGCCGGGAGGCUCAUCGAUCACAUAUUCAAUAUAUGCAAUGGGGCGCAUGGAGUCCAUUUGGGGUGAAGACUGCCUAGAAUUCAAACCUGAGAGAUGGGUAUCCCCAGAUGGCAAGAAAAUUGAGGUACAAGAUUCUUAUAGGUUUGUAGCUUUCAAUGCUGGUCCAAGAAUUUGCUUGGGGAAAGACUUGGCUUACUUGCAAAUGAAGUCGAUAGCCGCGGCGGUGCUGUUGCGACACCGGCUGACGGUGGUGCCCGGCCACCGGGUGGAGCAAAAGAUAUCGUUGACAUUGUUCAUGAAGUAUGGGCUCAAUCUUAAUGUGCACCCGAGGGACUUGGAGCCUAUUUUGGAGAAGAUUAGCACUGGAAAAAAUGCUUUCACUAACGGUAACUUUAAUGGGGUUGCUUAGUUUUGGGUGAGUUUGUGAAUAGGAUGAUGGAUGGAUGGAUGCAUAAGAGUAGUAUACUUUCUAAUUUCUUCUGUGAUUCAUCAUGACAUAUUCCUUCAAUCACUGAUGAAUUCAGUGGUGGAGCAUGGGCAGAUUAGUCAUGAGGGUAGGGUGUCUAUAUAUCAUGAUGUAUAAUUGACAAAGCUGUCAAGUUUGCUUGCAAGUUUUUAUAUGUAUAAUUUACUAUAUGGAGAAAGAAAAAAAAGAAAUAAUGUUAUAUCUAA